AUGGCAUCACGGAACGGCGAACCUUUCUUUCUCCCCGCUGAAAGGGCUCAAUCGCUCGCCAACUAUCCCCACGCUCGAAUAAUACAGCAAUCAGCCAAGACCAUUUUCGUUUCUGGUACCUCAUCGCGUCGCGGCGAUAACACAGUCGUCGGCUGCACUACAGACGCCGACGGAACGCACCACCUUGACAUUUCCCUGCAGACAGAAGCAGUGCUGCAGAACAUCGGAGCCAUUAUUGACGGUGCAACAAACGGCGCAUGUGGACUGCAGAAUGUGGUCAACGCUACUGUUUUCUUGACCGACAUGAAAGAUUAUGCUGGCAUGAACAAGGAGUGGAAUAAGGUAUGGCCGGACAAGACCAAGGCGCCUGCGAGGACCUGUAUACAGGUUGCGGCUUUGCCGAAUGAGAGGUUGAACGUGGAAAUUCAAUGCACUGUUUUAUGGGCGGAAUAG